AUGUCCAUCACCACUUUCGAUUACGCUCUCCCUUGCAAAACACACAAUAAGUACGAUGUUUUUUUCAACUCUUUCAUUAUUCACAAAAUGAUUACAAAUGUUCCUUCCAUGGUCGACAAAUGUCUUUUAAGCAUCAAGCCUUACCUCAACGAUAGCGACAACGUCAUCGUCGGGUUGGAUGUUGAAUGUCUCCUCGCCAAACAUCGCGGUAUGCCAAACACGGCUGCUGUCCUUCAACUUUGCAUCGGUGGAGAAUGUCUUAUUUUUCAAAUUUCACACGCCUCGUUUAUUCCAGAAUCACUCAUUAAUUUUUUGGGCAACAAAAACUACAAGUUUGUCGGUGUUGGAAUCAAAGACGACGUGGACAAGCUUCUUAGAGACUUCUCCUUGCGUGUUGUAAGCUUUGUUAAUCUUCGCACACUUGCUGCAAUAAAGAUGAGUGACAAAGCUUUGAAAUUUGCAGGGCUUAAAACAUUGGUUCUUCGUGUUGCUGCGGAAAGUAGAAGUGAAUGA